AUGGAUAAUAAUCAUAUAUUAUCUAGUUUUGAUCAAUAUCAUGCUGAUAUUCUAUCAAUGAUUGAUUCUUAUAUUACAUCUACUGAUAAUAUCUCCACAAGUAUUUCAACAUCUCCAGAAAAUCAAAAAUAUCCAUGUCGUCGUUUAUUAUCAAAUUCAUUAUCAUCAUCAUCAUCAUCAUCAUUACCAUUAAUUACAUUUGAUCGUGAUCCAGCACUAUCAGAACAUUUAACUGAUGAAAUUCGUUGGUUAUUAAUACAAUAUGGACCACAUCAACCACGUAAUGAUAAAGAUCUAUUUUUACCAAGUGCCAAACCAACAAAUAAUGGAAGAGGAACAAUAUGUUUUCGUGAAAAAUGGUUUGAUGAUGUACGAUUUUCAGAUUGGCUUGAAUAUUCAUUAUCCACUUGUCGAGCAUAUUGUUUUUAUUGUCGUUUAUUUUCUUAUUCAAAUCGAAAUCGAGCUUUUUCACGUGAUGGUAUUAAAAAUUGGCGUAAAUGUUUAGGUUCACGUGGUCAAAAAAAACGACGUUCAAUAGGAACAUUAUUAAAAUCUACUAAUGAUAUUAUUGUAUGUCAACGACGUGGUCUUUUCGAAUCACAUGCUAUGUCAGAAUCUCAUAAACAAGCUUAUAAAAAAUAUCUUGUAUUUAUUGAUCAAAUGCAUCUUGAAAGACAAAUAAAUAAUGAUAGAAAACAAGAUGAUGAUACAAAUCUUGUUCAAAAUAUCAAACAAAAUAUUCUAUAUAAUAAUAAUAUGGAAAUAUUUAAACGUAAAGCAAAUGGUAUUUCGUCAACAAAUGGAUAUGAACAGAAGAAAACGAAAAAGAAAAAAACAAUAAACAAUAAAGAACAAGAUUUAGAAAUAACAUAUUUCGAAUCAGAAAUAACUUAUCAUUCUACUGUUACAAAAAUGAAAGUAAAUGCAUUAUUAAAUGAAGUAACAUUAAAAGAAAGCCAACGUAGUGAAAUUGAUCAAUUUAUUGAAGAAAUUUCAAAUGAACUUAAAUCAAUUCCUCAAGGAAAAAUUCGACAUCUAUCAAAAAUGUCUGAAUGGCUUGAAAAAUUCGAUAUAAAAAUUCCAUUAUCAUUUUCGAAAAUGAAAAAAAAAUUUCAAUUUAUUCCACCAACUAUUAUUCAAAUAAUUGGUUCAUAUACUUAUGAUGGUAUAAUAGUUAAAUCAUCAAAUAAAAUAUCAACAAUUAUUGAUUUACUUAUUGAAAUUCCACGUAUUUGUAUUCAUAAAAAAGAUUAUCUUAACAAUGAAUAUAUCGAAAAACGUGCUAUUUAUCUUUGUUAUAUGGCAAAAAAACUUAAAUAUUCAUUAGAAUUUACACAUUUAAAUGAUACAACACUUAAUCAAGCUGUUUUACUCGUUAAGCCAAACGAAAAAUCAUCAUUUGCAAUACGAAUUUUACUUGCACCAGAACAAGAUUAUUUUAAUGAAAAACGUUUAUUACCAACAUCAAGUAAUCUUCGAUGGAAAUGGUUUAAUGAUACUAAUGAAGAUGAAAUAGAAACAUAUUAUUCAACACCAAAUUAUAAUUCAUCUAUUCUAUUUGAUUGUCGUUAUCGAUCAACAUCAGAUUAUUUAAAUGAAUUAUUUUUAUCAUCAAAUGAAUUAUGUAAUGGAUUGAAAUUAUUUAAAAUUUGGUUAGAACAACGACAAUUAUCACAUGGAUUUGGUUCAUUUGAAGGUGCUAUGUCAGCAUUUUUAUUAGCUUAUUUAUUACAUACAAAGAAAAUAAAUAAACAAAUGAAUAGUUAUCAAGUAUUUCGUAUUGUUUUAGUUGCAUUAACGGAAAAUGAUUUUUUAUCAUCUCAAUGUUGUUCAUUAACAAAUGAAAAAAUCAUUGAAAAUUUAUUUAUUCAAGAUGAUUGUGUUCUUAUUGAUCAAUCUGGUUUACUCAAUGUAUUUCAUACAUUAACACGAGCUAAUUAUAAAAGAUUAAAACAUGAAGCACGUAUAUCAUUAAAUUCUUUUAAUGAUCCAGUUAUUGAUCAUUUUCAAACAUUAUUUAUUACUUCUAUGGAACCAAUUUAUAGUAUGGAUGCUAUUAUUCAAAUUUCUUCUGUUGAUCAAUAUGAAAAACUUCUUGAUGAAAAAUCAAAUAAAAAUCAAUUACUAAUGGAUAAUCUUAAUAAUAAGCAUUAUUUAUUAUGUCGAGACAUUCUCAAUCUACUUGAAAAUGCUCUUAAAGAACGCAUCAAUUUACUUUGUCCUCUACCUUCAUUUCGUCAAAUAAUAAAAUCAGUAAUAAAAUUUCAUGAAAUAUCAAAUAUAUAUCAAAAACAAUUUCAUUCAUCUACAAUUCAUAAACAUAAUCAAGAAUAUAUUGAAUAUCUUAAUGAAAAAUUACAACAAUGGAAAAUAAAAACAAUUGAACAAAUUGAUAAUAUACUAAAACAAAAAAUAGAUGAAAUUAAACAAUUUUAUAAUGAAUAUUAUAAAGAAAUAAAUAAACAAUAUUCAACUAUAAAUGAACAAAUUGAAAAAAAAAAUUUUUCAUUUGAUAUUAAUGAUCAAAUUGAAUAUUUAUAUAUUUAUUCACAAUUAAAUUCUAUUGAAAAACGUAUACGUUUAAAUACAAAUUUAUUUAAAAUAAAUCAAUUUAAUGAAAUAAUUAAAUUAGAAUAUGCACAUUAUCGAGAAUUAACAAUUGAAACAACAAUUUUACCAUUAAAACAAAUGUUUAAAGAUAAAUCUCAAUUUAUUCAAAAUAGACAAUUAUCAUUAAAAAGACAAUCAAUUGAAAAUACUAUUCAUCAAAAUAAAUCAAAUAAAGAAUGGAUAUUAAAACCAAUAGGAACAUCUUCAAUAGAAUUUCCUUUCUCUUUAAAAGAUCAACAUAUCAAAUCAAAAACUUUAAAACAUGAAUCUACAAUUCCAAUUCUAAUUGAAAAAAAUCGUGAACUAUAUAAUUCACGAGAAAAAAUAACUGAAUAUACAAUUGAAUCAUUACUUUUGUCUCAAAUUAAACAACAACAAUUACAAUCAUCAAAUGAUGAUAAACAAACAUUAUUUCAUUCUUAUAAAAUUCUUAUAUCUGAUGAAAAUAAUUAUCAAAAUUCAUUAAAACAAAAUAAUCAAUUCGAUACAAAUUCUAAAUUAUUAUUAUUUAAUUUAAAAAAUUUUAAUCAAAUUAAUUAUUCAAUAUUAAUGUUUACUCAAUGUGAAACAAAAUAUAAUUGUAUAGCUAGUUCAACAAAACGAAAUGAAUUCAUUCUAUAUAAUUCUAAAUUAAAUAUUCUUAUUACUUUACAAUAUGAAGAAAAUAGAAAUAAUUGUCAUCGUUUAUAUUUACAAUGGCCGUCAACGCUUAGUUCAAAUAUAUCUGAUAUAACUUAUUGUGAUACAAAUGAUCAAUAUUUAAUUUCAACAAAUGAUAAUAAUCAUUUAUAUAUAUUUAAUACAAAUUUAUUAUCUGUAAAUGAUUUAGGUUGUUUAUCUGAUAAUUUACCAUUAAAUUAUAUUCAUUGUUACCAUCAUACUAUUUACUGUAUCUUAGGAAAUCAUAAGCUUGUUGAAUAUCAUUUAGAUACACAUAAUUUAAAACUAAUAAUCAAACAAAAUAUUGAAUUAUUUAAUUCAAAUGAUAUAUUAUUAGAUAUUACUUGUGAUAAGAAUAAUUUAGUUGUUAUUUAUAAAAAUCAAAAUAAUGAAAUUUAUUUACGAAGUAUUAAUCGAAAAACAUUGGAUAUUCAAUUAGAAUUUUUAUUAGAUAAUAAACAAGAAAUUGAAGGACAUUCUUUACGAAUUGAAUCAACAAAAUAUAAUGAAAAUUUUAUUUAUAUCAAUAGUUUACAAAAAUGUUUAAAAACUAUUGAUUUAACACAUUCAAAAGAUAGAAAAAUAACAUCAAUUAUGCAACGAAAUAAAUCACCAACAAAUAUUUGUUUAUUAAAAGAUGCUCGAUUAUGGCCAAUUAAUGAAUCUGUACCAACAAGAACAACAAUAACAUUAGGUGUUAUCUUUUCUGAUCAAUAUGAUCUAUCAGUAUUAAAAGGACCUGAAAAUGGAUCGAAAGAAGCUCAAGCAUUUCGAAAAUUAUGGAGUGAACGAUGUGAACUACGUCGUUAUCCUGAUGGAUCAAUACUUGAAUCUGUUGUAUGGAAUGUUGAUUGUGCAAAAGAUAAACGACUUAUAUGGAUGGAUGCAACUCGAUAUUUAUUAGAAAUACAAGCUGGUAUAUCACCAACAAAUAUUGAAUUUCUCUAUAAUGAUCAAUGUCCUUCAACAUUACUUUCAAUUCCAACUCGUCUUUUUCCAUCCUAUGGAACAGGUGAUGAACAACAAAUUUAUCUUUGUCGUGAAUUAAUUGAAUUAUCAAAACAAAUUCGAACAUUAAAUAAUGAAUUACCACUUAAAAUAAAUAAUAUUAUUGGUAUAGAUGAAAUAUUUCGUUAUACAAAUGUUUUUCCACCAUUACCAUCAUUAUUUCAAACAGAUUUACAUAAAAUUCGAUCAAUUGAACAUGAUGAAUAUGCUUUAAUACCUCGUUUAACAUCACGUUAUGCUCCACCAUAUAGUCAAUCAUUAUUAAUAUUAUGUCAACUUGAAAUGACUAGUUCAAAUGAUGAAGGUUUUGAAACAGUUGAACGUAUAAAACAUUCAAAAAUUCUUUAUUAUAUUCAAUUAUCAAAAUUAUUAAAAGAAAAUUUUCAUUAUAUAUGUCAUCCAACAACAGAUUGUUGUUAUAUUGAAAAAAAUUAUUAUAUUUAUCGUUUAAUUAUUUCAUAUCAUAAAGAAAUAUAUUUAAUUGAAAGUCAAGCUGGUAAAAAAGAUGGAUUAGAACGUAUAAUUAAACAAACAAAUUUAUCAAAAAAUUUACGAUAUAAUACAGAAUAUUUACCAAAAAUUAAUGCAGCUAUUUAUGGUAUUAGUCAACAAUUUGUUCAUUAUCAAUUAGUAUCACGUUUAUUUAAACGUUGGCUUUCAUCACAAUUACUUCUUUAUCAUUUCGAUCCGAUUAAUGCAGAUUUACUUUGUUGUUAUAUUUUUCUUCAUUCAGCUCCAUUUGUACCACCGAAAUCAAUGUUAACUGGUUUUUGUCGUAUUCUUCGUCUUCUUCGUGAUUAUGAUUGGAUUAAUGAACCAUUAAUUAUAAAUUUUAAUCAUGAAUUAACAAAAGAACAAAUCUUUGAAAUGCAAACACAAUUUAAAAUUGAACGUUCUAAUUUACCAGCUUUAUGUUUAAUGUCUUCAGUAGCUUUUCAUGAUAAUCAAAAACCAAAUGUACCAAUAUUAAAACGUGUGAUACAAUUAGCUAAAGAAGCAUUAGCUUAUCUGGAGACAAAUAAUAGUGAUUCGAUGAAAUUUCUUUUUCGACCAAGUCUCAAUUCAUAUGAUGUAAUCAUUAUGUUAAAUCCACUUCAAUGUCCACGUGCUUAUCAAGCUGUUGAUCAUGUUAUAAGUGAAAUAACAUAUACAACAAGAAAGAAAUUAAUUGAUAAUGAUCAAACAAUUAAUGACAACAAAAAAUGUUUAUCUAUUGUUGAUUAUGAUCCUGCUCAAUUAUUUGUUAAUGAAUUACGAACAUCUUAUAAUGAUCAAGCAGAAUUUUUUCAUGAUGAAUUUGGUGGUCUUAUAGUUGGUGUACUAUGGAAACCAUCAAGUCAUAAUCAUAGUAAUAUUGAUUAUGUUAAAAUAAUCGAUCAAUGGAAAUUAUUAGGAACAGGAAUUAUUAAAGAAAUUCGUACAUUUCCUGAACGAUGGUGUUAA